UACACACCCAAACACGGCCAUGAUUACCCAAAUCACCAUGGAUGCACUACGUAUCUAUAUGCAAAAGAUAUCGCGCCAAACCCUAGCCUUAGCAGCCUCAUACAUACACGCACACACACACACACAUACACACGCGCGUUCUAUUGCCUCACUACUCCGUUCCAUUAUUAUCACGGCCCCAGAAUGGCAAUCUCAGCGUUUCAACCCGCCUCGGAUCAGAAUCUACAGGGUUCUCGCUUCUGA